UUUUUUUGCUACCCUUGUUGCACAUGCUUUUAUAACUUCUGCUAAGCUAAAAAAAUGUGGGAGAGGGCGAUUAGCGUGUGGCCGCCCUCCUUGAACGUGAACAAGGGAAUAUUCCUACCUACCUGUUAGAGGCUUAGACAUGAUCAUGAGGAACCUAACCGAGUCUUGCAGAGGGAAUCUCACACAAGAACUUUGUAAGCGUAGUUAAGAUGAGUUAAAAUUUUACUCUAUAAAAUUCUGGCCCCGCAUAACAUAAUGACAAAAAACUAGCAAGUUAAAAUUACUCCAAAACUCGUCAAAAAAACUCCAACUCAUGUCUUCGUAGUCACCAAACCACUUGAGAGUAAGCAACUUACCACAAUAGAAACCCUAGAUCAGGGGCAGAUGCACUUGGUGAAAAGGACGGUCAUGUGUCCCUGGAUUUUCAAGACUUUCACUUAUAUCCCUAUAUCAAUCUAUGAUAUAUUUCAUUUAAUCCCUCAAAAAUUGGACUAGUGUCCUAUUGAUAUUUAAGAAUUACCAAAUCUAUCACUCUUAUAAGUCUCAAAAAAAAAUUACAAAGACAACCUUUUAAUCGAUGUGUUUAACUUUUUUCUAUGAAAAAUAAUUUUUUGUCUCGAUCAUAAAUCUAUAGUCAAUCGCUUAAUUACUCUAUUUUAUACAAAACCAUAGAGAUCAAAUUAUAUUUUUGUGCUUGCCAGGAAUAAAAGUUAAAACAUUGGAUAAAGUACUUAUCAAUAUUCAAUUAAACUGCCUUUUUGAAGCCAACUCAAAAAAAUAUUUUAAAAUUUAUCAACGAAUUAAAUUAUUUGUGUGAAAUUCGUGAUCGGGCUGUCACCCGAAACUCAUCAAGUCAAUGUUUAAGGACCUGGGAAGCCAGUAACGGGCCUGGGUCGGCCCAUUUCCCAAAACAAUGCACAACAUAUUGGCGGGAAAUCUGAGUAGAACAUUCCUCAGUCCACAUGUGCGGCUGCAUCACAACGUAGAUCAACACCCAAGUCCAUCUCACUAAUAUAAGCCGUCCGAUGGAGAGACCCAAACGAGAUGAAACUAAUCCACGGAUUGUGACCGUCGAUGUGGAUCGUGUACGCGGAUUUCAGGAGGGCCCACCCGAUCGAAGCCAGAGCUUGACCAGCAACUGCUGUGUAGAUGAAAACACCGGAUCCUGCCCUCUGCUACGAGCAUAAACUUCAAGCCCUACCCUCUCUCUCUCUCUCUCUCUCUCUCUCUGAGGUUUUUCCAGAAACUUUGUUAAACCCUAGCUUCUUCAGCUGAAUCCAUUCUUUGGGGGGAUCCGAAAUGGACACCGGUGGGAGCAGUGAAAGUCCAAUCGAAACCAAGAGAGGCAAAUCGAAGACCCCUCGAAAAACCAAAGAUAGCGUCCUCAAACAGAAAUCUCCAGCUGAGUUCUUCGCUGAGAACAAAAACAUUGCUGGGUUUGAUAAUCCUGGGAAGAGCCUUUACACAACUGUGAGAGAACUUGUUGAAAAUGCUUUGGACUCUGCAGAGGCAAUCUCUGAGCUUCCCGUAGUAGAAGUGAUGAUUGAAGAGAUUGGCAGAAGCAAGUUCAAUUCUAUGAUAGGUCUAACUGAUUUGGAUCGUGUUGAUGCGGAACUAUAUGAUGAUUUUGAGACGGUGAAGGCUCGUGAGAAACGUCUUGCUAAGGAAGCUCGUAAUCAAGAAAUUCAAGCAAAGAAUGCUGCUCUUGGGAAGAAAGUAAAAGAGCCAGCAGCUGCAAAGGGUAUUAGGGGUCGAGGUGAGGCCUCAUUUUACAGGGUGAUUUGUAAGGACAAUGGAAGAGGAAUGCCACAUGAUGAUAUUCCUAAUAUGUUUGGACGAGUUUUGUCCGGGACAAAAUAUGGCUUGAAGCAGACACGUGGAAAGUAUGGACUUGGUGCAAAGAUGGCGUUAAUUUGGUCCAAGAUGAGUACAGGGCUUCCUAUUGAGAUCUCAUCGUCAAUGAAGGGCCAAAACUAUUUUUCGUUCUGCAGGCUGGAUAUAGACAUUCAUCGGAACAUUCCUCACAUCCACUUACAUGAAAAACGAGACAAUAAGGAAAGAUGGCAUGGAGCUGAAAUCCAAGUUGUCAUUGAGGGGAAUUGGACGACUUACCGCUCCAAGAUCUUGCAUUAUAUGCGUCAAAUGGCAGUCAUAACACCUUAUGCUCAGUUCCUUUUCAAAUUCGUGUCAGACGCAUCAGAUAAGAAUGUUACCAUCAGCUUUGCAAGAAGAACGGAUGUAAUGCCACCAGUUCCUCCUGAGACGAAAUAUCAUCCAUCAGCUGUUGAUUUGCUUCUCAUCAAACGCCUUAUUGCAGAAACUUCAAAACAGAACCUUUUGCAAUUUCUUCAGCAUGAAUUUGUAAAUAUAGGGAAAUCUUAUGCUGAACGUCUAAUUGGGGAAAUGGGUCCAGAUUUUAGCACAAAAAUGCCUGUUAAGUCGCUGACGUCUCAGCAAAUAGUUCGCAUCCAUCAGUUGUUUCGUCAAGCAAAGUUUGACGACCCUAGUGGUGAUUGCCUUAGUCCUGCUGGGGAAUACAAUCUUCGUCUUGGAAUUAUAAAGGAGCUGCACCCAGAUAUGGUUGCGACUUACUCAGGAAGUGCUCAAGUUUUUGAAGGCCAUCCAUUCAUCGUGGAAGCCGGGGUCAGUGUGGGUGGAAAAGAUGUUAAACAAGGUUUGAACAUUUUCCGGUUUGCAAACCGUAUUCCCCUUCUAUUCGAGCAAGGAGCUGAUGUCGUCACCAGGACUGCCCUGAAGAGAAUCAAUUGGAAUAGUUACAAGAUUAACCAGACACAAGACAAGAUUGGUGUCUUUGUGAGCAUUGUAAGCACAAAAAUCCCCUUUAAAGGGACUGGAAAGGAAUAUAUUGGUGAUGAUAUAAAAGAGAUAGUAUCUGCUGUCAAGACUUCUAUUCAGCAGUGCUGUGUCCAGCUAAAAGCCAAAAUAGUUAGGAAAAUUCAGGCUCGAGAGCAACAGGAGAGAAAACGAAAUUUGAGCAAGUACAUUCCAGACGCAACAGGUGCUAUAUAUGCUGUCUUACAGGAAAUGGCACGCUCACACGCUGCAAAGAGAAAACGUUAUGAGGGCGAGGAUGCCGAAUUACUAAAGAAAGUCUCAGUCCGUUCGAUAACAAAAGAAACAUUGAGUGAAAAGCUUGCUCAACAUGUUGAACAGGUAGACUAUGAAAUGGCGCUGGAGUACGCGACACACAGUGGUGUUAAGGAGGAACCCAGAGAACCCAUAUAUAUACAGUCGCUGGAAGCUGAAAAACAGUUCAUUGAUUUCCAUUGUCCCAUAUUUGUCUUCAGGCUGUUUCAGUAGGAAUUUCCAACUUACCGGAUUUGAUAUACAGAAAGACAGAGUUGAUUUUAUUCUGACGAUUUGUAGUAUUGUAUUUCAGAAUCCAACUUGCAUCAAAUAAUUGAAUACGACUAUUCUUCAGCAA